AUGUCUCAAUCAAACAGGGCUUUCCACCUGAGCUCGGUGUUCAAUGUCAAAGGCAGAGUUGCCCUUACAACUGGUGGAGGUAGUGGCAUUGGAUUGAUGGCCACACAAGCUUUGGCUGUCAAUGGAGCGAAAGUUUACAUCGUUGGCCGCACCGAGGAAAAGCUGGAGAAUGUCGUUAAGAGCCACGGCCAAGGCAUCGAAGGAGAAAUCAUUCCCAUCACAGCAGACGUCACCUCCAAACCUGAGAUCGCCAAGCUAGUCAAGGAAAUCCAGUCCCGUGAGGAGCACCUUGAUAUCCUGAUAAAUAAUGCUGGCAUUGCAGGCAACACCCAACAAACGGAAGCCAAGACCGCCGAGGAGAUGAAGAAGAACUUAUUCGAUGAUGAGAGCUCUACAUUUGAGGACUGGGUCAACACAUACCGUACCAACGUCCCUCAACUCUUCUUCAUGACCGUUGCGUUCCUUCCUCUCCUGCAAAACGCUACAGAGGCUCAACACGGCUACAGCAGUACCGUGAUCAAUAUCUCUUCCAUCUCAGGUAUCGUGCAAUCCUCUCAACACCACUUCAGCUACAAUGCCAGCAAGGCAGCAGCUAUUCACCUUACCAAGCUUUUGGCAUCAGAGAUCGCAGAGAACGGACUGAAGACCAGGGUCAAUAGCAUUGCGCCUGGUGUCUUUCCAAGCGAAAUGACCGCUGGAGAGAGUGGUCCUGAUCAAAAGAGUCACAUUGAGAAGGAGAAAUACGAAAAAGUGCCUGCUCAUAGACCAGGUAAAGAUGAAGAUAUGGCAGGGGCUGUGCUGUUUGUUGCCACGAACCAGUAUCUGAAUGGCCAGACUGUUGCGGUCGAUGGUGGAUAUAUAUUGCAUGCUGGAGCUUGA